UCCAACUCAGCAGUGGGAAACCGUAGCUAGCUAACCUCACCCUGUACGAGCCGGCGGACUUACAAUGAGAGAUAUCCUGCAAGCAGCGAAUAACUAUUAAUUGGCCGAUAUAUUAAUAUAAACACAGAAGGCCAUCCAAAUGGUGAUCAUGUCAGGCACAGCCACUGUGCUGCAGCAGUUUGUCAGUGGGCUGAAGAGUCGAAAUGAAGACACCAGAGCCAAAUCUGCCAAAGAUCUGCAGCACUAUGUGACCACGGAGCUCAGAGAGCUGAGCCAAGAUGAAGCCACUACAUUCUAUGAUGAAUUAAACCACCACAUUUUUGAACUGGUAUCCAGUUCUGAUGUGAAUGAAAAGAAAGGAGGCAUUCUAGCCAUCGUGAGUCUGAUUGGCGUUGAAGGAGGCAAUGCCACCAGGAUCAGCCGCUUUGCCAACUACCUGCGCAACCUGCUCCCCUCCAGUGACCCUGUGGUGAUGGAGAUGGCCUCUAAAGCCAUGGGCCACCUGUCCAUGGCUGGGGACACCUUCACUGCUGAGUAUGUGGAGUUUGAGGUGAAAAGGGCCCUGGAGUGGCUGGGAGCAGACAGGAAUGAAGGCAGACGCCAUGCAUCAGUGUUGGUGUUGAGGGAGCUGGCUGUGAGCGCGCCCACCUUCUUCUUUCAGCAAGUGCAGCCCUUCUUUGAUAACAUCUUUUACGCAGUAUGGGAUCCCAAGCAGGCCAUCCGAGAAGGAGCUGUAGCUGCCCUGCGAGCCUGUCUCAUCCUCACCACGCAGAGGGAGACCAAGGAAAUGCAGAAACCACAGUGGUACAAGCAAACCUUUGAGGAGUCGGAAAAAGGCUUUGAUGAGACUUUGGCCAAAGAGAAAGGAAUGAAUCGUGAAGACAGGGUCCAUGGCGCCCUCCUGAUCCUGAAUGAGUUGGUUCGCAUCAGCAGCAUGGAAGGAGAGCGCAUGCGUGAGGAGAUGGAGGAAAUCACACAGCAGCAACUGGUCCACGAUAAGUACUGCAAGGAGAUGAUGGGAUUCGGAGCCAAGCCUCGCCACAUCACACCCUUCACCAGCUUCCAGUCAGUGCAGCCGCAGCAGUCCAACGCCCUCCUGGGCCUGCUGGGCUACAGUACUCCUCAGGGCUUCCUCAGCUUCGGAGCCACACCGGCGCCUGCUAAGAACUCUCUGGUUGAGAGCAGAUACUGCCGUGAACUGAUGGAGGACCGAUUCGAUCAGGUGUGUCGCUGGGUGCUGAAAUACAGGACCAGUAAAAACCCUCUGAUCCAGAUGACCAUCCUCAACCUGCUUCCACGCCUGGCUGCUUUCCAGGCACCUAGCUUUACAGACCAGUACCUGUCGGACACUAUGGGCUACCUGCUGGGCUGUUUGAAGAAGGAGAAGGAGCGGACGGCAGCUUUCCAGGCUCUGGGGCUGCUGGUCGUGGCCGUCAGGGCAGAUAUUCAGCCAUACCUCACAAGGAUCCUGGAGAUCAUCAAGGCUGCUCUGCCACCGAAGGACUUUGCACACAAGAGGCAGAAGACCAUGCAGGUGGACGCCACAGUGUUCACGUGUAUCAGCAUGCUUUCCAGAGCCAUGGGUCCCAGCAUCCAGCCAGACAUCAAGGAGCUGCUGGAGCCGAUGCUAGCUGUGGGCCUCAGUCCUGCACUGACAGCCGUGCUUUAUGACCUGAGCCGUCAAAUCCCCCAGUUGAAGAAGGACAUCCAGGACGGUCUUCUAAAGAUGCUUUCGCUGGUGUUGAUGCACAAGCCACUGCGUCAUCCGGGCAUGCCCAAAGGCCUGGCUCACCAGCUGGCCUCCCCAAGCCUCACAAACAUCCCUGAGGCAAGUGAUGUGGGCAGCAUCACCCUGGCUCUGCGCACACUAGGAAGCUUUGAAUUUGAGGGACACUCUCUCACUCAGUUUGUGCGCCACUGUGCCGAUCACUUCCUGAACAGUGAAGCCAAGGAGAUCCGGAUGGAGGCGGCUCGGACCUGCUCACGCCUUCUAACUCCCUCCAUCCACCUGAUCAGUGGGCAGAUUGUCAGCCAGACAGCUGUGCAGGUGGUUGCUGAUGUGCUCAGCAAGCUGCUUGUUGUUGGAAUCACUGACCCAGAUCCCGAUAUACGAUACUGCGUGUUGGCGUCCCUUGAUGAGCGUUUUGACACUCACCUCGCCCAGGCUGAGAAUUUGCAGGCACUGUUUGUCGCACUGAACGAUGAGGUGUUUGAGAUCAGGGAGCUCGCCAUCUGCACAAUUGGACGCCUCAGCAGCAUGAACCCCGCCUUUGUAAUGCCCUUCCUUCGCAAGAUGCUCAUCCAGAUCUUGACAGAGCUGGAGCACAGUGGUGUCGGCAGGAACAAAGAGCAGAGUGCUCGUAUGCUUGGCCAUCUGGUCUCCAACGCCCCCCGCCUCAUCCGGCCGUACAUGGAGCCCAUCCUCAAGGCUCUCAUCCUCAAGCUGAAAGACACAGACCCCAACCCUGGAGUGGUCAUUAGUGUCCUUGCCACCAUUGGCGAGUUGGCUCAGGUGAGUGGCCUGGAGAUGAGGAAGUGGAUGGACGAACUUUUUCCUAUCAUCAUGGACAUGCUGCAAGACUCCUCCUCAUUGGCCAAGCGACAGGUGGCGCUGUGGACACUGGGCCAGCAAGUGGCUAGUACGGGCUAUGUGGUGGAGCCUUACCGCAAGUACCCGUCCCUUCUGGAGGUGCUGCUCAACUUCCUCAAGACGGAACAAAACCAGGGCAUCAGGAGAGAGGCGAUCCGUGUUCUGGGUCUUCUCGGAGCUCUGGACCCCUACAAGCACAAGGUGAACAUCGGGAUGAUUGACCAGUCACGAGACGCCUCUGCUGUCAGUCUCUCUGAGUCCAAGUCCAGUCAGGAUUCAGCCGACUACAGCACCAGUGAGAUGCUAGUGAACAUGGGCAACCUGCCUCUGGAUGAGUUCUACCCAGCCGUGGCAAUCGUCACUCUGAUGCGCAUCCUGAGGGACCCUUCACUGUCCAACCACCAUACCAUGGUGGUCCAGGCUGUCACCUUCAUCUUCAAGUCUCUUGGCCUCAAGUGUGUCCAGUUCCUGCCGCAGGUCAUGCCCACUUUCCUCAAUGUCAUCCGAGUCUGCGAUGCCAGUAUCCGAGAGUUCCUCUUCCAGCAGAUGGGAAUGGUGGUGUGCUUUGUGAAGAUCCACAUCCGCCCCUACAUGGACGACAUCUUCACCCUCAUCAGAGAGUACUGGACACCAAACAACCCCAUGCAGAACACCAUCAUCCUUCUGAUCGAGCAGAUCGUGGUGGCACUGGGUGGAGAGUUCAAGCUCUAUCUACCUCAGCUUAUCCCACACAUGCUGCGUGUCUUCAUGCACGACAACAGCAACGGACGCAGUGUUACCAUCAAGCUGCUGAACGCCAUCCAGCUGUUUGGUGCCAACCUGGACGACUACCUCCACUUGCUGCUGCCUCCCAUUGUCAAGCUGUUUGAUGCCCCUGAUGUGCCCCUGCAGGCCCGCAAGGUGUCUUUGGAGACACUCGACCGGCUGACGGAGUCCCUGGACUUCACAGACUAUGCUUCACGCAUUAUCCACCCAAUUGUUCGGACACUUGACACCACGCCUGAGCUGCGUUCUACCUCCAUGGACACCUUGUCCUCGCUUGUGUUCCAGUUGGGCAAAAAGUAUCAGAUCUUCAUCCCAAUGGUGAACAAGGUGAUGCUGAAACACAGGAUCAACCAUCAGCGUUAUGAUAUACUCAUAUGUCGCAUUGUUAAGGGUUACACUCUGGCAGAGGAGGAAGAGGACCCUCUAAUCUUCCAACAUCGCCAGCUUCGUGGUAACCAAGGCGAUACUCUGGUCAGCGGACCAGUGGAGGCGGGGCCUAUGAAGAAGCUUCACGUCAGCACUACGGCACUUCAAAAGGCUUGGGGCGCUGCCAGGAAGGUGUCCAAAGACGACUGGCUGGAGUGGCUGAGACGCCUGAGUGUCGUCCUGCUCAAGGAGUCGUCCUCCCCAGCCCUGCGAUCGUGCUGGUCUCUGGCUCAAACCUACAUUCCCCUGGCCAGGGACCUGUUCAACGCUGCCUUCCUGUCUUGUUGGUCGGAGCUGAGUGAGGACCAGCAGGAUGAGCUCAUCCGCAGCAUCGAGUUAGCUCUCACCUCCCAGGACAUCGCAGAGGUCACACAGACUCUGCUCAACCUGGCAGAGUUCAUGGAGCACAGUGACAAGGGCCCACUGCCUCUCAGAGAUGAUAAUGGUAUUGUGCUGCUUGGUGAGAGAGCUGCCAAGUGUCGUGCCUAUGCCAAGGCUUUGCAUUACAAAGAGCUGGAGUUUCAGAAGGGUCCUUCUCCUCUCAUCCUGGAGGCUCUUAUCAGCAUCAACAACAAACUGCAGCAGCCUGAAGCCGCAUCUGGGGUGCUGGAGUACGCCAUGAAACAUUUUGGGGAGCUGGAAAUCCAAGCCACCUGGUAUGAGAAGCUGCACGAGUGGGAAGAUGCUCUGGUGGCAUACGACAAGAAGAUCGACAUAAACAAAGAGGAUCCAGAGCUCAUCCUGGGCAGGAUGCGCUGCUUGGAGGCCCUGGGAGAAUGGGGCCAGUUGCACCAGCAGUGCUGUGAGGAGUGGACACUGGUGAGCGAGGAAACCCAGGCCAAGAUGGCUCGUAUGGCUGCUGCUGCCGCCUGGGGUCUAGGGCACUGGGACAGCAUGGAGGAGUACACAUGCAUGAUCCCAAGAGACACACACGAUGGCGCUUUCUACAGGGCAGUGCUCGCCUUGCAUCAGGACCUCUUCUCAUUGGCCCAGCAGUGUAUUGACAAAGCAAGAGACCUCCUGGAUGCGGAGCUGACGGCCAUGGCUGGAGAGAGCUACAGUCGAGCCUACGGGGCCAUGGUAUCUUGCCAGAUGCUGUCAGAGCUCGAGGAGGUGAUCCAGUACAAGCUGGUGCCAGAGAGGAGGGACAUCAUCAGGGAAACAUGGUGGGAGAGGCUUCAGGGUUGUCAGCGUAUUGUGGAGGACUGGCAGAGGAUCCUGAUGGUCCGAUCGCUGGUCAUCAGCCCCCACGAGGACAUGAGGACGUGGCUGAAGUACGCCAGCCUCUGUGGCAGGAGUGGACGCCUGGCUCUUGCCCAUAAGACCCUGGUGCUCCUUCUUGGCGUCGACCCCUCCAAGCAACUGGAUCACCCGCUGCCCACAGCCCACCCACAUGUCACCUACGCUUAUAUGAAGUAUAUGUGGAAGAGUGCCCGCAAGAUUGAUGCCUUUCAGCACAUGCAGCACUUUGUGCAAGGGAUGCAGCAGCAGGCCCAGCACGCCAUCGCAGCCGAGGACCAGCAGCACAAGCAGGAGGUCCACAAACUGAUGGCCAGAUGUUUCCUGAAGCUGGGAGAGUGGCAGCUCAGUCUGCAGGGGAUCAAUGAGAGCACCAUCCCCAAGGUGUUGCAGUAUUACAGCCAUUCCACUGAGCAUGACCGCAACUGGUACAAGGCCUGGCACGCGUGGGCCGUGAUGAACUUUGAGGCGGUGCUACACUACAAGCACCAGAAUGCGGGACGCGACGAGAAGAAGAAGUCACGCCAGCGCCACGCCAGCGGUGCCAGUGCUAACAGUGAAGCCAGCAACAGUGACAGCGAAGUUGAAAGUACCGAUCAUAGUCCUGUGCCCUCACCGGGCCAGAAGAAGUACAGUGAGGUGAGAAGCGGAGAGGAUGAAAUGCUAUUCUCAGGGAUGUCUUCACCCGGCGAUCCCAAUCAAGCCAAGGAUCUCUCCAAGACAUUGCUCUUGUACACAGUUCCUGCUGUUCAAGGUUUCUUCCGCUCCAUUUCCCUGUCCAGAGGAAAUAACCUGCAGGACACACUCAGGGUUCUGACUCUUUGGUUUGACUAUGGUCAUUGGCCUGAAGUGAACGAAGGCCUGGUGGAGGGCAUCAAGACCAUUCAAAUCGACACCUGGCUGCAGGUGAUCCCUCAGCUCAUAGCUCGAAUCGAUACCCCCCGAGCCCUGGUGGGGCGCCUCAUCCACCAGCUGCUCACAGACAUCGGACGCUAUCAUCCUCAGGCUUUGAUCUACCCACUGACUGUGGCCUCCAAGUCCACCACCACAGCACGCCACAACGCUGCCAACAAAAUCCUGAAGAACAUGUGUGAACACUGCAACACUUUGGUUCAGCAGGCCAUGAUGGUGAGUGAGGAACUCAUCCGAGUGGCCAUCUUAUGGCACGAGAUGUGGCAUGAGGGCCUAGAAGAAGCUUCACGUCUUUACUUUGGUGAGCGCAAUGUCAAGGGAAUGUUUGCUGUGCUGGAGCCUCUACAUGCCAUGAUGGAGAGAGGACCUCAAACCCUCAAAGAAACCUCUUUUAACCAGGCUUAUGGCAGGGACUUGAUGGAGGCUCAGGACUGGUGCAGGAAGUACAUGCGGUCUGGAAACGUCAAAGACCUGACUCAGGCCUGGGACCUCUACUACCACGUGUUCAGACGCAUCUCCAAACAGCUGCCACAGCUGACCUCCCUGGAGCUGCAGUACGUGUCUCCAAAGCUGCUGAUGUGCCGGGACCUGGAACUGGCCGUACCCGGCACUUACGACCCCAACCAGCCUAUCAUCCGCAUCCAGUCCAUCGCCGCCUCGCUGCAGGUCAUCACCUCCAAACAGCGCCCACGCAAGCUCACCAUCAUGGGCAGCAAUGGCAGCGAAUUCAUGUUCCUGUUGAAGGGCCACGAGGACCUGAGGCAGGAUGAGAGAGUGAUGCAGCUCUUUGGUUUAGUCAACACGCUGCUGGCCAACGACCCUGCGUCACUGCGAAAGAACCUCAGCAUCCAGCGCUACGCAGUGAUCCCCUUGUCCACCAACUCAGGCCUGAUUGGCUGGGUACCGCACUGUGACACGCUGCACGCCCUCAUCAGAGACUACAGGGAGAAGAAAAAGAUUUUGCUCAACAUUGAACAUCGCAUCAUGCUAAGGAUGGCCCCAGACUACGACCACCUGACACUGAUGGAGAAGGUUGAGGUGUUUGAACAUGCCGUCAACAACACGGCAGGAGACGACCUGGCCAAGCUCCUCUGGCUCAAGAGCCCCAGCUCGGAGGUUUGGUUCGACAGGAGGACUAAUUACACUCGCUCCCUGGCUGUGAUGUCAAUGGUGGGCUACAUCCUCGGACUGGGUGACAGGCAUCCGUCCAACUUGAUGUUGGAUCGAUUAAGUGGGAAGAUUCUCCACAUUGACUUUGGAGACUGUUUUGAGGUGGCCAUGACCAGAGAGAAGUUCCCUGAGAAGAUCCCAUUCAGACUGACGAGGAUGUUGACCAACGCCAUGGAGGUGACCGGCUUGGACGGUAAUUACCGCAUCACGUGCCACACAGUGAUGGAGGUGCUGCGGGAGCACCGGGACAGCGUCAUGGCCGUGCUGGAGGCCUUCGUCUAUGACCCGCUGCUCAACUGGAGGCUCAUGGACACGACCAUCAAAGGCAACAAGCGUUCCCGAACCAGGACCGACUCGUACACUGCAGGACAGUCAGUGGAGGCUCUUGAGGGAAUCGACCUCGGAGAGACCACACACAAGAAACCAGGGACCACAGUGCCUGAAUCCAUUCACUCCUUCAUCGGAGACGGCCUGGUACAGCCUGAAGCUCUCAAUAAGAAAGCUAUUCAGAUCAUCAACAGAGUGAGAGACAAACUUACAGGUCGAGACUUCUCUCACGAUGAGACGCUGGAUGUGCCAACACAAGUGGAGCUCCUCAUUAAACAAGCCACGUCGCAUGAGAACCUGUGCCAGUGCUACAUCGGAUGGUGUCCGUUUUGGUGAAGACCUGUCUUCAGCAGCCGAGGAGAAGCACUCAACUCAAAGAGAAAUCCACUGAAGCCACGAUGCAGAGCAACAGAGAAUGUUUUUUUCUUUGUUUUUCAACUGCUGUCGAAUUGUACGAUUUUUUUCCAGUGACACAUUUUGAGUUUAUGACAAAGUACUUGUCGAAAUAAUCUCUGCUUUUAUCCGAUGAUCAUUUCAUCAAAUGACUUUUCCACAUAUUUAACGCCAUGAUCACUACAAGCUCUAUAACUGUGGCCAGAGUGUUGAAACAUUUCUUACUUCACUCAAGGUGAAACCCCUCCAGUCCAUUGUAUCAUUUUGAAUUGAUGGGAUGGUCUGCCUUUUUACUAACUUUAGCAUUCUUUCAAUGUAAACCCCUGACAAGAUGGAAGUGAAAUUUGAUUUGAGAUCAUCAUGAAGUACUGUACCGGCAUUUGUGUGCCAAUAAAUCCUGCAGAGCUA